AUGUAUAACGUUGUUCACAUUGACGAAAAAUGGUUUUAUAUGAAAGAAAAGUCAAUAAUAUUUUAUUUGGUAAAGGAUGAAGAAGAUCCAAUUCGUACUUAUAAAAGUAAAAAUUUCAUAACAAAAGUUAUUUUUCUAGUUGCCGUAGCUAGGCCUAGGUUUAAUUUGCAACAAAAUGUAGCACUCAACGGAUUGAUCGGUAUAUUUCCUUUUGUCAUACAAGAGCCAUCUAGAAGAUCUAGUGUAAAUAGACAUGCAGGUACACUUGAGACCAAAGCAAUGACAUCAAUUACUAAAGAUGUCAUGAGAACAUUUUUGCUUCAGAAAGUGUUACCUGCUAUUAAAGAAAAAUGGCGAAGAGAAGAAAUAGGACAUCCGAUACUCAUUCAGCAAGAUAACGCAAGCUUACACCCUAAUUGUGAAGAUGGAGAAUUUCGUCUAGCAGCUUCAUACGAUGGACUUGACAUUCGAUUAAUGUGCCAACCCCCAAAUUCACCUGAUUUAAAUGUUUUAGAUCUUGGUUUUUACAUAUCAAUACAAGCCUUACAAUAUAUAGAGUCUCCUAAUUCUAUAGAUGAACUUGUGAGUGCAGUUGAGAAGUCAUUUCAAGAAUUUGAAAUUGCCAAAUAA